AUGGAGUCACUGUCGUCUGCGGCCACACUCUGCUAUGAGAGCAUAUGCACACGCACACGCACAGCAUACCGCGGCUGGCGGGUACCCUUCUUCAUGCGGUUGAAACAACAAGACAUCAAGAAAGAAAUGAAAGAAAUCAAGGUUUACAUCUCUCAACGUUGUCACAUGGAACGACGUGGACCCGAAAAGAGACGGGAGCCUGGAGUUGGAUUGAUAGUCAAGUUAUCUCUUGUUGGCAAGCUGGUUGGCCUACCGAAAGGAGUGAACGAUAGAUUUAUGACGAUGAGACUCCCCCUGUCUCAUGGACAGAAGUUUGCCACCAUUAUCAAUGCUUACGUUUCCACCAUGACCAAUCCAGAUGAGGUCAAGGACAAGUUUUAUGAAGACCUGAACACUGUCAUCGCCGCUGUUCCCAACGCAGACAAGCUCAUCAUUCUCGGUGACUUCAAUGCGAGAGUAGGUCGUGACAGCACCAUUUGGGAAGGCGUGAUUGGAAAGUACGGGGUCGGCAGCAUUGCAGAAUAUAACCUGAUCACCAACACUAUCUUCCGCCUCCCAACCCGCAACAGGACACCCGCGAUCUAA